UGAAAAUCGUCCGUACCUGCGCAUGGCGCUAUAGAAGGUUGUACCAAAAAAGUCGGCUUCUUCGUAUUUGUAAGUCGUCGUCCGUGGAUCAUUUUGCUUCCCUUUUGAUGUUGACGACUAUGGCUUUAGUAUCGUUGCUUAACAAGAAAUUUACCUUGCAGCUCCCUCAAAAAAACUUUCACCAGGAUCGCUUUCUUGAUGUGAUUUUCCUUUUGAAAGCACCCACGAUUUGUGAUUCCUCUGAUGAAGAAGGUUUUACAACCAGUAGAGAAGACGAAUUUCUUCUUCCUUCAGAGCCGCGUGCUAGAUUUUAAUCCGAGAAGAUGAUUGUUAGAAAAUGUCUCCCCUGACGUAUAGCGAAAAUUAUGCGCAGUUUCAUCUGUAGGGCUACUGCUUUGCAUCAUAAGUUUCAAAAACUGGUGGCAGCACCGUAUUUAUUUUAUUCAGGCGAGGUACUUAGUUCCUGCUCCUCCUCCUAGUAAAACCAAAGCAGCCUCAAAUUCAAAAUGGUCCAGCUCCUCUCCAAUGCGAAAGAGGAAGACCGCCAGAAGUGCGAGGAGUUUGCGAGAGAAGAUAUCGCAAGAAAAAAGUGUUGCAGUUGUACACUGUGUUGCAGGCCAAGCAAGACAGACAAGCUCUGUCAUGCCGGAUAUGCAUAGGAGCCUCGUUUCAUAGGUGUUUCCACGUAGGAUUUUUGCAUUACAAGUUUUCUCUGUCAUGCAGAGAACUUUGUGUUGCUGAAUUCACUACAAAUGUGUAACUGUAACACUUUUUUCGUGGGAUAGAAGACAACGACAAGUUAAUCGCGAUAUGGCGGGUCUCGGAGGAAAACCGGGAAACCAUCGAAAAAAACAACACCUGUCAGGUGUGGACGAGCAUCAUCGCAUUGCUGCUCUGUCUAUGCAGUGCAAAUAUGUCUGGGUCUGGAAAAGUGGAACUUGUAAUGGUCCCUGCGGAUUCUGAAAAUAUCUGUGUUGCAUGAGCAGCAAGAGGAGUCGAUUUCUUGGCAUGCGAAGAGGGCAUUUCUCAUGCGGGAUAAGCAUGAGAAAUGCCCUCAAAAAAUCUGUGACGCUAGGAUCUGCAUCACAGACCUCACGGGCCAUGCAAAAUGUGCAUGACAAGCCCCGACUCUUCCAGACCCAGACAUGCUUGCAUUUGAUACUGUCUCGCGAUCGCCGUGGUUCCCGUGACUCUGUGGGGGAUUAUGCGACCGGACUUAGAUGAGGAGAAAAAACUGCAAGAGGAAGAACUGCAAUCCGCGUUAGCAGCGACAGGAGCAGCGAACAAAGCAACUCUUGCGUCUUCAGCACCUCUUUCAAAACCAGAAAGCACAGGUGGCUUUUUGUGCAACGACGCCAUGAUCGUGGGCAUUUUGGUGAUCACGGUCCCUGGGAUGCUGUUAAUCGCGAGUUUCAUGUGCCGGUCGUAUUGGCGCAGUGAGAAAACGAAUGCAAGACUCGAAGGGAUGGUGUGGGCGCUCGGGGAAAAGAACUUUUACAAACUCCGGAGCAUCGACAUGGGGAAAUUGUACAAGUCCGGGGAUGAUCGGGCCUAUUGCGACUUGGGCCAGAUCACGAGCGUGACGGUGGAUCACAAGGAAUCCGGGUUAUUCUACUGCUACGGCGGGACCACGGGUGUGAAGCUCCACGUUCCGGUCGGGAACGCGUUAGUUGACACCAUUCAGCACCACUCUGGCCUGAUGCCCUACGCGCAGAUCGGGGGGGUAACCAACAUCUUGCACUCCCACUGCACGGUUUUGUGCAAUGAUCCAGAGAGCGCGGUGAAGAUGAUCCGCGAACAACGGGAAAAAUACCUCCGCAGCAGCACCGGCGCGGCCAAAAUGGUCGUCUUGCAGAUGCAACAACAGCAGCAACAACUAUCCGCGGCCAAUUACGCAGCUGCCCUAUCCUCGGGCGCGGAUACUACGAAUACAACGAACCAAUCGGGAACUAUGUACGGAGCAACAGAUAACAAUGACGCGAAUACAGUUUCCGCAGAACAAUCAACGGGAAUGAAUGCGAGCGUAGCAGCUCCGACAGGUACAACCGAGGGGAACCAGAGCAGGACUGCAGCCGGCGUGGCUGCGGGAGGUACUUCAUCUUCCGUGAUUUCUGACGUGGACAGAGCAACCGCAGCAGUUAUCACGGGAGCUGCGCAGCUCCGACCCCGGUCGGAGGACGUUUUUGCGAAAAUUAUGCAAUUGAAGCAGUUGUUGGAUGCGGAGGCCAUUACGCAGUUCGAGUACGACGAAAAGCGGCGGGAAAUGAUGGCAAGAAUUUGAUUUUUUAGUGGGCGGGGUCAUAAGAUCAUUCAAUCGUUUUUCGAUUUGUCUGAGAUGGAAGCCGGUUGUUCACUUCUUGGAGCAGGACCAGGCGUGAGAAGAAGAGGCUGUAGUUAUUCCUCUGCUUGUGGCAGUCAAGAAGCAAAACACGAAAGAACGAACCCACACCGUAGGAUGGAUCGGCACAUCGCACAUCCUGAAGAAUAAUUUUUUCUACUACCUACUUAUUUUUAGUAAUUUUUCUAUUCAGAGGACGACAGUAUCACCAAAAACGAAAAUUCCUAUUUACAGCACCUUGUGUGAACACUACAGUCACGAUAGCACUCACCCUCACAGAUUUAGAGAACCACAAAAAUAAGGCGUAACCCGCUUCGCAGAGAAAAACUCAAAGACGUGGUUUAACUUUCACAUUCAGCACCCACCCCGCAUUAUGUCGUCGUGCCUCAUGGUGCGUCGACAGUUUCACAUAGAGAAUCAAAAUUAAGCAUUCUAUGUCAGUCUUUGUUUUUUGAUCUUAUUUCACAGUUUUUAGCUUUUACAUACUUUCAGACAUAAUUAAUCGUGCACUUUCGCUUUAUCAUCCCAAAAAGAAAAAUCGAGUCUUCCGCUCCCUGAGGUACAGUGCAAAAGCCUGCAUAGACGGGACCAUCCAGAAACAGAAUAGCAGCGCACGUGCAAGAAAUAAAGCCGUAACUGCUUUUCAUCACAGUUCUCCAGCAACUCAUGUGAUCGGCCAGCAGGUUUUGCUUAUUUUUC